AUGGUGAAGCAGCUGGAGACGGGCGAGGUGAACCUGGAGGAGCUCAAGCGCAACCUGGAGUACACGGCGUCGCUGCUCGAGGCCGUCUACAUCGACGAGACCAGGUCCGAGGGCGGCAGUGGGGUCGUGGGGGGCCGUGGGGUGCCCGCUGUGAACCCCGCCGGUGCCCGCAGGCACCUGCUGGACACGGAGGACGAGCUGCAGGAGAUGCGCUCGGACGCGGUGCCCGCCGAGGUGCGCGACUGGCUGGCGGCCACCUUCACGCAGCAGGCGCGCGCCAAGGGCCGCCGCGCCGAGGAGAAGCCCAAGUUCCGCAGCAUCGUGCACGCCGUGCAGGCCGGCAUCUUCGUGGAGAGGAUGUUCCGCCGCACGUACACGGCCGUGGGGCCCAGCUACUCGGCCUCCGUCCUCAGCUGCCUGAAGCGGGUGCCCGCGUGCCGCCAGAGCCUCGACCUGUGGUGCUUCGACGUGUUCGCGCUCAACCGGGUGACGGAGGAGCACGCGCUGAAGACCGUCGUCCUGGAGCUCUUCACCCGCCACAACCUCAACAGCCGCUUCAAGGUGUGCGCGGGGGUUGUCACCGCGACGGCGGCUACAAUCCCGGGCGCGUUCCUGGCGGCGCUGCUGGACGCGCUGGAGAGCGGCUACGGCCGGUACCGCAACCCCUACCACAACCAGGCGCACGCGGCCGACGUGGCGCAGACCGUGCACUGCUUCCUGCUGCGCACCGGCAUGCUGCACUACCUGACGGAGAUCGAGGUCCUGGCCAUCGUCUUCGCCGCCGCCAUCCACGACUACGAGCACACGGGCACCACCAACAGCUUCCACAUCCAGACCAAGUCGGACUGCGCCAUCCUCUACAACGACCGCUCGGUGCUGGAGAACCACCACAUCAGCGCCGUGUUCCGCAUGAUGCAGGACGACGAGCUCAACAUCUUCGUGAACCUCACCAAGGACGAGUUCGCGGAGCUGCGCGCCCUGGUCAUCGAGAUGGUCCUGGCCACCGACAUGUCCUGCCACUUCCAGCAGGUGAAGGCCAUGAAGACGGCGCUGCAGCAGCUGGAGCGGAUCGACAAGUCCAAGGUGCUGUCCCUGCUGCUCCACGCCGCCGACAUCAGCCACCCCACCAAGCAGUGGGCCGUGCACAGCCGCUGGACCAAGGCCCUCAUGGAGGAGUUCUUCAGGCAGGGGGACAAGGAGGCCGAGCUGGGGCUGCCCUUCUCGCCCCUGUGUGACCGCACGUCCACGCUGGUGGCCCAGUCCCAGAUCGGCUUCAUCGACUUCAUCGUGGAGCCCACGUUCUCGGUGCUCACCGACGUGGCCGAGAAGAUGGUGCUGCCCCUCGUGGAGGACGGCGCCAAGGGCAACGCGGGCACCGGCCAGCCGGCCAGGUGGGACCCAUGA